GGACCAUAUUCUCAAAAUGGCGUUGCCUUUCAACAUUAGUACGGAAUUUAGUUACUUGACAAUUCAGUCAGUUGAGUUUUAUCAUCUGUUGUUGCUAGGCUAUGGUAUGGCAGCCGUAAAUUUAUUUCUAAUUACUAUGAUACUUCAUGUCGGUGGCCAAAUCGACAUUCUUUGUGAAUGGUUGACAAACGCUUUCUCCAGAAAUAUAAAACAUUUAUCAGAAGAAAUAUCAAUGCAAUCAAUAAUUACAAAACAUCAGCAGAUUAUUCUAUUUGCAAAAAAGAUUGAAAAUCUUUACACGUACAUUGCACUAGUGAUUCUUGUAUCAGAGACGCUCAUCAUAUGUUGCGCAGGAUUUAUUAUCGUUACCUCUCUUGAUGCGCCCGAUACUGCUGCAAUUUUAGUCAAGUCUGUAUUUUUUUACAUGGCAAUGAAUCUUGAAACCUUCAUAUAUUGUUUUGCUGGCGAAUAUCUGAGCGCUAAGAGUAAGUUGAUCGAAAUCGCAGCGUACGAUUCUGUUUGGUAUGACUGUCCAGCUACGAAGAGUCGAAAUAUAUUGUUUGUUAUUUUAAGAUCACAGAAAACAUUGACGAUCACGAGCGGGAAGAUCAUGAUCUUGUCGUUGGAACGUUUCGCUAGUGUUAUAAAAGCAUCGGCGUCGUACAUAUCAGUACUAUUAGCAAUGUACUGA